UUCAACAUUCGUGACGAGUGGCGGCGAAUGGCAAUGGCGGUUACUGGGCAAUGAACAUUGAACACAAUUUGCGUGUUGACAAAACGUACCUACCUACCUAUAGACUAUAAUGUAAAUGAGUGCAAUCGUGUUGUGGACUUUGGCAGUUCAGAGUGAUGUUCACGGUUAAGGCUUCGGAAUAAACAGAAUUCACUAUUCAGUUGUCCCGUGUUAGCCGUCCAGCGCGGUUGUCCGUUCUUGUUGAUUCACAUUUUUUUCUAACUGUUCUCGUUAAUGGAAGUGUGCACAAACGCACAGGUGAAACUAAAGAAAUUAUUUUAAACCUAUCGUUCACCUCAGACAUUUGCAAUACUCAUUUGUAAAAUGAGUAUCGACGAAAGCAACAAUGUCCAUACACGACUUCAGGUCCACAACUGCGUUGUGCAGCCUUUACUCACAGAUUUAUAUCAAAUCACAAUGGCUUAUGCAUAUUGGAAAUCAGAAAAAACAUCUGAUACAGCUGUAUUUGAUUUGUUUUUUCGUCAGAAUCCAUUUCAAGGCGAGUUUACCAUAUUUGGUGGAUUGGAGGAAUGCUUAAGAUUUUUGGAAAAUUUCAAUUAUUCUGACAGUGAUAUUGAGUAUUUAAAAACCACAUUACCACCUACAAUUGAGCAGUCGUUUUUUGGAUAUUUAAAGGAAUUGACAGCUAAAGAUGUAAAACUAUAUGCUAUUGAUGAAGGUUCAGUUGUGUUCCCAAGAGUGCCUUUAAUUCGAGUCGAAGGACCUUUAAUUGUUGUUCAACUUCUAGAAACAACUUUAUUAACGUUGGUCAACUUCUCUAGUUUAAUGGCAACAAACGCAGCUCGAUACAGAAUGGCAGCAGGUGAUAAUGUAUCACUAUUAGAAUUUGGUUUAAGGCGAGCCCAAGGUCCUGAUGGCGGUUUGUCUGCUUCUAAGUAUGCAUACAUUGGAGGAUUUGAUGGAACAAGUAAUUUACUUGCUGGAAAAAUGUUCAAUAUACCAGUUAAAGGAACUCAUGCUCACGCAUAUAUAACAUCAUUUUCUAAUCCUAGUGAAUUGAAAACCAAGACUCUAAUUAAUUUGAAUAAUGGCAAAGAACAAGAUUUGAUUGAUUUGACUUUAUCAUGGCGUACUACAUUGUCAAAUCUUUUACACAUAUCUGAAAGCCAAGCUUCUGAUGGAGAACUAGCUGCUCUUGUCUCAUUUGCAAUUGCUUUUCCAGAAGGUUUUGUAGCACUCAUAGACACUUAUGAUGUAAAUAAGUGGCAUUUCUUAGGACCAAAAGAACUACCUGUCAUUUCAAGUUUUGGAAGCGGAAUUUUGAACUUUUGUGCUGUAGCCUUGGCAUUAAAUGAUCUUGGAUACAAAGCUAUUGGUGUUAGAAUUGAUAGUGGUGAUUUAGCCUAUUUGUCGAACAAAUCUCGUGAAACUUUUGUUAAAGUUGCAAAAGAGUAUAAUAUACCUUGGUUUGCUAAUUUAACUAUAAUCGCAUCAAAUGAUAUCAAUGAAGAAACUAUUUGGAGUUUAAAUGAUCAAAAGCAUAGUAUUGACUGUUUUGGAAUCGGAACACAUUUAGUUACCUGCCAAAGGCAACCAGCUCUGGGUUGUGUAUAUAAAUUAGUCGAAAUAAAUGGCACACCACGAAUUAAAUUAAGUCAAGAUGGUAGUAAAAUUACAAUGCCUGGUAAAAAGGAUGCUUUUCGGCUGUAUGGUGCCGAUGGAUUUGCCUUGAUAGACUUGUUGAAAAAGUCUGUCGAAGAUCCACCAAUAGCCAAAACAAAACUUCUUUGCAGACAUCCAUUUGAUCAAAAGAAACGAGCUUUUGUUGUACCAUCAGAAAUAAAACCUUUAUAUAAAGUUUAUUGGGACAAUGGACAUAUAAUGCAACGACUCCCAGAUUUAAAAGAAGUCCGAGAACAUGUCAAAGAAUCUUUAAGAACAAUACGCCCUGACAUUAAAAGAAAUCUGAAUCCUACUCCUUAUAAAGUAUCCGUGUCAGAUGAUCUAUAUGAGUUUAUGCAUGAACUAUGGAUGCGAAACACUCCAAUCGGAGAGUUGUCUUGAUGUGAUGUUUAAUCCAAAAUGACCAACAGUUAUCAGCUGAUGAUAUUAAUUUCAAAAUAAUCUGAACAACACGCUUGAAUGUGCACUUCACUUAUACACAAGCUUUAAGUUGUUUGACUAAAAGUGAAUUAUUUUUGAGAUUAAGGAACGAACAAAUUAUUUAACAAUUUCUAUUUAAAUAAUAAAACUAUACAUUUAUUUAAAAUGUAGGUGCCAAUGUAUUCAUUACUUUUGAGCACAAAAGAUAUAUUUUGGUUACCAAGUAGUAAUCACAGUUUCAAAUACUCCAACUAAAUAACAAAAUGAAAUAAUUUAUUUUAUUUUGUUAUUUUUGAGUUUAUUUUAUUAUUAAUAAUAUUUAUUAUUCAACUUAUCUCAAGAAUAACGUGACAGAAAUGAACAAGGAUAAAUCAAACAAUUUCUAGUCUUGACAAUAAUAAUUUAUAUAAGUACUUAAUGCAAUUUUUUUGUUUAUUAUCUUGAUAAUAUUAAUACCAACGUGUAUGGCAUUCCUUUUA